UAAACAUCAUAACAAAAUUUGAAGUCCCUCCUAUUUUUUUAAAUAUGAGCUUUCCUGUCCCUCCUCCAGCCUGUGCAGGAAAGAAGCACUGCUUCAGACAACAAACACUUUCACUCACACUAUAAAGUCUCUACUGAACAGCUGAGUCUUCAGCACAUGAGCAUAAAGCGUGUUUUUUUUCCUGUCUAGAGAGUUUAAACAUUGCAGAUGUGUGCUGCUUUAUAGUUCAGAAAGAUUGUCCUCAUGGAACACACUACUAGCAAAGAAGCAGAUGAAAAUCCUUAUCUCUGUUUUCAGAGAACACCGUCUUUUCGGCGCAAAUGGAGAAAACGCUAUGGAGGUUUAGAUGGCAACAAAUUGCUGGAACCAAACAAGGAGGACGACAUGAAAGAGAAUGGUUUGCUGACAGAUGGCCUCUUUGAAAGGAAUGCCGCCCCUCUGAAGAGUGCAGAAGCUCAGGAGACCAGUCUUGCAGAGACUAUUUCAAAUCCUGUGCCAAGAAAGGCUACACCAUCUCAGAGGCCUGCCAACUUUGUGGCUCCAGGAUCAACAGCUUUAUCAGCUUUUAUCAGCAAUGGUAGCACAAAAGGCCAUCAGCCAGAACCAGAGCGAAUGCUCUCUGCCCACCCAUGGCCAAGUAUCACCAGGACGGAGGCUCAACACAGCCAAUCUAAAAGAAAAGUAGCUGCUGAUGUGCUGUUUGACAGCUUUGCCUCUGGAGGAAAAGUUAGCACCAGUCAUUUCUUUGAGACCCUGUGGUGGUCUGGCAUUUUAAGAACUGACCCACGGAUCAAGGAAUGCUAUGCACUGAUGAAAAAACUGCAGGAUGCUGAUGGGGGAGUGGACAGGAACACUUUCCAAAGGUGUGUGACAGGCUUUGUAUCUUUCAUUUUGAAAGCAGUGCAAGGCAGAUUUGUCAUACCAGAUUUCUGUGUGUUUGCUGAAGAGACCCAAAAGUUGUUCAUUAAAUGUAAACAGCUGUCUUCUGUGGAGGAGAAGGAAGACAGAAGCAAGGGAAGUGGAAAGUGGGGGAUUUCAAUCUGCACAGUGGAUGGCCAGAGGCUGUCUCUCGGCGACUGGAAUGAGCCGUGUGUUCUGGGAGAAAUUGCAUGGCCUCUUGUUUACGGGCUUGCUGUGGAUCAGCUUGGAGUUGACCAUGUCCAUAGAUAUGUAGGAGUGGAGGAAUAUGCAAAAUUUAAAUCCCCCUUUACCCUAACUGAACAAGGUGUCCCUCACACUCCCCUGACAGAGACUGGAGCUAUUAUAUGUGCAUCAUUGCUGCAGCAGUUAACAUUGAGGCAAGUUACAGAGGAAGAGGAGAAAUACGAGUCGGUUUUGAAUAUCGUAAGACGGUUAUGUAACAAGGAACAUGCCAACUUAAACUGUACAAGUUAUCAAAGCUUGAGGAGGGACAUUAUUCGUCUACAUGCACUUUCAUUUUAUCUCCAAGAAAAGAAGUGCUUUCCAGAAGCCAUUGAUAUAAAUGCUACAUUGGAUCUGCUUUUACAGUGUUUGUCCACAGAAUUCACUUGUGAGUCUGGAGCAGCCUUGGCUGCAACAUUAGCUAACGGUGGCCUCUGCCCUAUGUCAGGUGACCAAGUCCUCUCUGCCUCUGCAGUUCGCAGUACUCUGUCUAUAAUGCAAGUGGCAGGAAUGAAAAAUUACUCCAGAAUAUUCCACUUUAAGACAUCCGUGCCUGCCAAAUCCAGCAGCUCUGGUGUGGUAUUGAUAGUAGUUCCUGGAGUGCUGGGCAUUACUUGCUGGUCACCAGAGCUUGAUGCAUUUGGAAACUCUUGGAAGGCAGUGCAUUUCUGUGAGGAGCUGGUGUCACUUUUUCAGCUGCACAGCUUUGAUAUUAGGACUCCGUUCAGGCAGGUGCAGUCCUACAGGCAGUGGAAAGUAGAGUCAGAGGGCUACCAAAUCAUGAACAUCCUUCUGGCUGCUUAUCGAGGAGACCUGCACUCGUUACGGAGGUAUUUCCUCUCUGGAGCAGAUGUGAAUGCUGUUGAUUAUGAUGGAAGGUCUGCGCUUCAUGUGGCUUCCUCGGAGGGGCGUCUGGAGGUCAUCAAGUUUCUGAUUGAGAGCACUGGAGCCAACUGCACACUCAAGGACAGGUGGGGAAACACGGCUUUGCAAGAGGCGCUAAGAUGCAAUCAAGGACCUGCUGUGCAGCUCCUCACAAAGUACACAGAUUACAAGGGAAUGUUGUAAUAGUUUACCAAUCCCGGACACAUGACUGCAGACGUUCAGUGUGCACACGUCAAUGACAUAUAUACUGUUUUGAUUCAAACUUUAAACGGCUGGGACCAAAUAUAUUUUUAUAUACUUUAAAAAAAACAACUGAUCUGUCAUGACAUAGUUUUGCUGAACAGAUGACGCAUUUGUAGUAUUCGGCCAUUAAGAAUCUGCACAUGGUUUGGAUGAGUCCAGUAGUGCAGAAAUAUUGUACAGAUUGUUCAGGAUUGCUCAUGUGUUGCUCGUGUGUUCAGGAGUUUUUAUGUUAUCAAUUACCAAGAUAUAAGAUCAACACUGUUCAAUAAAGUGCAAUGUCUUGUGUCUAAUAUCUAAAGGGCCUAAUGCUAAAAAGAACUGCUGUGUACUUCAGUAAUAAUGGUAGGUGGUAAACGUUAUGAGUAGUAGACAAAGAAUCAAAUGAUUGUUUUUAUUACAUUGAUUAAAACCUCAGAACCUGCUUA